UCGACUCUUCGGCAGCUUCGCGUGUUCACAGAUCACAGUCGAGAGCAGAUCAAACGAGUAAAGUCGUCUUUAGUGUUAGUCUAUAGGCAACGUUACUAAUAUUUCUGUCUAAUUGAGUAACUGUGUGUGUAAGUUUUUACAGUUCAACUUAAUCUGCAGCAAUUUUUCGUUGUUCAGUUGACCAGUUUAUUUCCAAAUCAACUAAAAGAUAAAGUUCUCUCAGUCAUGGUUGGAAAAAGAAGAAGUAAUGGUGUCAAAGAAGUUUCAAAAACAACAACCAAGGUAUUUAGAAUAAAAAGUACUGCGGCAGAAAAAUAUGUGGUUGAAAAAGUGGUGGAUGAAAGGAAAAUGAAAGGUACUACCCAGUAUCUUUUGAAGUGGAAAGGGUAUGAUGACAGUGAUAAUACUUGGGAAGAAGAAGAAAACAUGAAUUGUCCCGAAUUAAUUGCUGAAUUUGAAAAUCAACCAAAAAAGAAGAAGAAGAUGGAUAAACAAGAAGAAUAUUCUGUUGAGAAAGUGAUGGAUCGAAGAGUGCAGAAAGGUAAAGUUCAGUACCUGCUAAAAUGGAAAGGCUAUGGCCACAAUGACAAUACUUGGGAAAAUGAAGAAGACAUGGAUUGUCCUGGCUUGAUUGCAGCAUUUGAAAAUCAGACAUCAAAAGAUGCUGAAAAUGAGUUCUCAGUUGAAAAAAUUAUGGAUAAAAGGGUAAGAAAAGGCAAAGUGGAGUAUCUUCUGAAAUGGAAAGGCUAUGCUCAUAGUGAAAAUACCUGGGAAAGUGAGGAAAACAUGGGUUGCCCUGAUUUGAUUGCAGAAUUUGAAAAUAAGAAGAAAAAGGAAGGAAAAGCUUGAAUUCAGUGGGGCCGCUACAAUUUUUACGCAAAUAAAUGUGAUUUCUAUUCGGUUUGAUGUGGUUAGGGCGUAAGGAAGACAGCAGAGAUAUCCAAAAUAUUUCUUUGUGUUAACCUCAUGCCUUAAUUUAAAACUUGAAAUUGUUUUUAUUUUUGGUCAUUAUCAUCCAUCUCUGUUCUUUGUUCAUCGACUUACAUUAAUGUAAUGCGGUUGUCAUGCCUCAUGUGUUCCUUAAGAAAAAAACCAAGUUUCAUUUCUUUUCUUGAAUUAUCCUUGCAUACCCAGAAAUACAAGGCCUGUGUUUAUAAA